ACAAUUUGGCCAUAAGAAAUUCAGUGUUGGCCUGUGUUGGAAUGAGGACAAGAAGCUUAAAAAACCAUGUUAUUUUAAAGACCACCAAAGGCAACAUUGACAAGGCAAAUUAAAGCCCUUCAAACAUAAAAAUUUCAAGCAAGCAAAGAAAAGAAUUCACAGCCCUCUCCUCUUAUUCUUCAUUAUUUCUCUCUAUAUCUAUCGUCUCCUCAGUACUCAACUUUGAAUAAUAAGGCAUCUCCUUCAUCUCCAUGGCAACAUUUUCCAAGAGUAUUUCCAUAAUUCAUGUUUUUCUUCUGUUUUCUCUCACUUCCUCAGGAGUGAACUCUUUUGGAAUCAAUUAUGGGCAAGUUGCCGAUAAUUUACCUUCACCGGAAAAGGUCCUAGAUCUCUUGAGUGCUCUUAAGCUCACAAAAACAAGAAUUUAUGACACAAAUCCGCAAAUUUUAAUGGCAUUUGCCAACUCCAACGUCGAACUUAUUGUCACAAUCGAAAACGAAAUGUUGGCGGUUGUGAUGGAUCCUCAACAAGCGCUUCAAUGGGUCAGCACCCACAUCAAGCCAUAUGUUCCGGCCACAAAGAUCACCGGUAUCGCCGUCGGAAAUGAGCUCUUCACUGGAGAUGACUCAUCGCUUCUGCAGUACCUUGUUCCAGCCAUUGAGAGCAUCCAUGGUGCCCUAGUUCAAUUAGGCCUUGAUAAGUACAUUCAUGUUUCAACUCCAAGUUCUUUAGCAGUUCUUGAACAAUCAUUCCCUCCUUCAGCCGGUAGUUUCAAAAGCGAAGUCGCCGGCGUCAUGUCGCAACUUUUACAGUUCUUGUCUACCACCAAGGCGCCAUUUUGGAUCAAUGCAUAUCCAUAUUUUGCAUACAAAGGUGACCCCAAUAGUAUUUGCUUGGACUAUGUGCUUUUUAAUCCUAAUGCAGGCAUGGUGGAUCCUUACACAAAGCUGCACUAUGACAACAUGCUUUAUGCUCAAGUAGACGCCGUCAUUUUCGCAAUAGCUAGACUGGGUUACGGUGGGAUUGAAGUUAGGGUUUCAGAGACAGGGUGGCCAUCAAAAGGUGACGCUGAUGAAGUUGGUGCAUCUGUUGAAAAUGCAGCAGUUUAUAACAAGAACUUGUUGAGAAGGCAAUUGAGGAAUGAGGGGACACCAUUGAGGCCUAAUAUGAGGCUUGAAGUUUAUCUGUUUGCUUUGUUCAAUGAAGACAUGAAGCCUGGACCAACUUCAGAAAGAAAUUAUGGACUUUAUCGGCCCGAUGGCACCAUGGCUUACAAUGUGGGGCUCUCUGCCCUUUCAACUUCUUCAUCUUCAACUUCAUCUGCCUCCAUCUUUCUCACUUCUUCUGCAACGAAGGCAACAACCAGGGAAAAUCAAAGCAUGGUGAACUGGAUGUUUGUGUUUUUGCUGAGUUUCCAAGCUUUAAUCGUGAGAAGACCAUAUUAAGCAUAUGGAGUUUCAUGUAAAUAUUACUUUUUGGUAAGACAAAUUAAUUUGGGUAAAGGCCAAAGGUCUCCAUCCCCAUUUGCACAAGUUUAUAACCAAACCUCAAAGUAUAUUGAUGCAUGAACUGAAGCCUUCCUCAAGGCCAUAACCCUUCACAAACACGAGAUUCAACCGGGCGUUCGCUGUCUCAAAUCAGAAAACGUAUGAGCUCGAACUUGACAAGAGCUAGCCUAGUUUUCUAAUUCGAUACAAGGAAAAAAAACAUCGAUCCAUCCAUUAUUAUUAUUCUUAAAUUAUAUUCUCAUUAUUGUAAUUAUAUUGUUAGUUUAUCAUCAUAUGCUAUGUAAAAAUUUUCUAAUUUGAUUAAAGAGUAGUACAAGGCUGAUUCAUGACCUUAUUGAUUACAAGGAAAGCCGUGUACUUUUGAACGUGGAAUCCAUAACAUGUUUAUAUAUAAA